AUGGCAGAGAACUUUACUAGUGUGCCCGACUGCAGCGCUCCGAGCAAGAAGCCGCGCCUCGACGCUUCUUCCAACUAUGCGCACUUCGAUAUUCAGGCGUUCCCGCACAUUCUGGAUGCGGUUAUCGAGGCUGCGUCACCGGAAGCCCUGUGCUCUUUACGGGCUACAAGUCGCGAGCUGCGCGACGAGGUUGACCGUCGACAACGGCAUGUCUCCCUCCGAACGGACCGCGAGGGGCCAAACCCGUGGGCGGACGACGUGACCGAGGAGGAGCGGAUCUUGAUACUUGAGAGGCGGAGGAUUGAGGCGGAGACGCAUGGCACCCGCGCACCCCCUCUACGAGGUAUCACGAACAGAGGACUUCGCUUCACUUCCCCACCUCCGCAAAUGGACGUCUUGGACAUGUCUGGCGAGAUCCUGCUCAUGUGGCACGACUACGCCCGCCCCGACGCCGACUGGGACGACCCCGCUCUCGACGAGCGGAGCGAUUACGGCCGAGGGCCGUGGGUGCGUGAGUGGGUCGACGAGAACGAGGGCUGGUACCUCGCUGAGCCGACCCUCGUACGCUACCUUUCGGGAUUGGAUCUGGAUGAGGAGCACGACACGCCGAGAGUCGGGCCCUUGAGACCGGACCCUUGUGCUGUGUACUUCUGCGACUUUCCGGACUUCUGGUUCACACUGAUCCUCCUAAACGAAUACUACCGGCCUUCUCCCGGGGAAGAGCGCCCGCUUCUCCUCGACACUGUGCUGAAUCUGGGCACGAAUGCGUUCACCGUCCUGUUCAACUCAACCGAGGAGUUUGAGAAAUCCAUCGAAGAGGAGGGCUACGCGCCGCCUUUCUUCGGAAGUCUCCUCGAGGCUCUCGUGUGGAACUACGGCUAA